AUGGGUGACUGGUCCAUACUUGGUCGCUUCUUGUCUGAGGUCCAGAACCACUCUACAGUGAUAGGCAAGAUCUGGCUCACUAUGCUGCUUAUUUUCCGUAUCUUGCUGGUGGCGUUGGUGGGUGAUGCUGUUUACAGCGAUGAGCAGUCCAAGUUCACCUGUAACACCCAGCAGCCUGGAUGCAGCAAUGUUUGUUAUGACACCUUUGCUCCUGUUUCACACCUCCGGUUCUGGGUCUUCCAAAUUGUGCUGGUCUCUACCCCAUCCAUCUUCUAUAUAGUUUUUGUUCUGCAUAAGAUUGCCAAGGAUGAGAAGCUGGACGGCCAAAGAGCACAGGUGGUAGCCCAGAGGCCUCCCCGACAGAAAUGCAGCUACAUGGAAAAGGAUGACAUGGAGGCCCUGAGGGUCAGUAUGCCCACCUACUGUCCUCAUUACAGAGAAGAAUGGGAUGUGAGGGAGAGGGAUGGAGUAGAACAAAGCUUUCUGCAGGAGGAUUAUGGCGAGGUAGGAGAGGAUCCCACCCAGCAGUCCAACCAGGUUCUGCUCAUCUACAUCCUUCAUGUGUUACUACGAUCUGUCAUGGAGAUCACCUUCCUUGUGGGCCAGUACUUCUUGUUUGGGUUCGAGGUGCCUCACCUGUACCGCUGUGAGACCUACCCUUGCCCUACUCGCACUGACUGUUUUGUUUCACGUGCUACUGAGAAAACCAUCUUCCUGAACUUCAUGUUCAGCAUCAGCCUAGGCUGCUUUGUCCUCAACAUUGCAGAGCUCCACUACCUGGGCUGGGUCUACAUCUUCCGCAUCCUCUGCUCAGCCUGCUCGACCUGCUGCAGUCAGGAGAGGGACACUGUCAAAAUGUACUCAAACCACAACCCUCUCCUGCUGCAGCUCAGGCACUCUCUAAGGGGCCAGCUGGUUCUGCAGACCCCAGCAGCCAUGGUCCCCGAGAAGACUGGAGGUCUCCUCGCACAUGGUCCGGCCAUCUCCUUUGAGACAGACUCAACUGUGGAAUGCACCUCUAAGAGAAGUCCAGAGAGCAGAGACCAAGUGAGGGUCAAGCUGGCAAACAUGGCCAGGCUGGGACGGACUAAGAAGUCUUGGCUUUGAAAAAGACAUUUGUCUGUAAUGCCAUUACAUUUGAGAAAACACUCUGAGAAAGGGAACUAAGGCCUUAAAUAUACCUUACUUAAAUAUGUAAACGUAGAUACUAUACAAACUCCAUUUCAUACAUUGUUGUGGUAAAAAUGUGUCACUUGAAAUAAUGAAUGCAAUGCAUGUGUUUGAAGCAUGGCAGUGAGGGCUGCUGGAACAGGAGUGAACAUGAGGGAGCUAUUUCUUUAGUUGUGUCCCAGGUCCAUAAGACACAAUGAUUGUAUUCAGUAUGUACUACAUACUAAUUGUGACAGUACACAGUUAGUAUACAGAUAAUCAAUGUACUUGUUUUUAUGAACAGUAAAUAAUGCAACAUAAAAAUCAAAAAGAUAAAUCUGAGCCAAAAAGGGUGGAGCUGGUGGAGGGGGGAGUUGAUCUAUUGUAAUGAGGCACAUAGUAGCUAAGUCAGGUUGAAGUUCAGUGUGGUGGAUGGGCUUGUAAUGCAUGUAACUCUUGUGCAGACCAGAGUUUGCACUCUGUCAGAGGGUGCAAUAAAUGUUAUUAUUCUAACCUCAACCAAGUGUUUUAGUUGCCUAAAACUGAACCAUAGUUUGUUUCCCACAG